AUGCCUAACUUUCCAUGGACAAAGUCGAACCGGUCGCACCACUCUGUCGAUACCGCCGUAAGGGACCAACCGUCGCCUGUGCCAUCUGCAAAGGAAGCCAGCGACCAAGCCGCAGCAGCAGCAGCCCAGCGAUACCAGGCCUCCGACGCCCAUCAACCGCCUAUCCAUAGCCAGCAGCCUUCUCUACAACCACCGACCUCUUCCGGAAGUAGCCAGGGCCAGUACAGCGACUACCACUCACUGCGAAAUGCAACUCACAGACUGAGUGCACAUCUCUCCUUAGGCCAGCCAUCGCAGAACUGCCAGCAACAGCCUAGCCCGCCGCCUACAUCUCAGGCAGGCCACGAAUCGCCAAACCACCUCCCCUAUCAGCAGCCUCAUUCUCCUCCUCCUGCAUACAGUAGCCCGGAAAAUAAGAAGCAGUCGCUGCGCAGUCGCAUUGCAGCUGGCGUUAGAGGACACAAGGACGAGGAGCUCAAGGCUCAGAAGAACGGUCUAAGCAGGCGACAGUCAGUUCGGAAAAGCGACCCUCGGGCGCACGAGUAUCACACACAGGCAGAGAGCCGCCCGCCGCAUUGGCAUCAACACCAGGGAUCCUCUUCCCACUUGCCCACGUCGCGAGAGCAGGACGAGGACAACCUUGAUCCGUUCCUCCAGCAGGAAAGCGACGAUUCCCCUCAAGUGCCUCCUAAGGAUACCAAGUAUCAACAAAACGUGCAACACACUCAGCCGUUUGGUGGGCAGUUGCACCAGGAACCCUACGUUCGGCCCCCACUUGGCAGGGUGAGCACAGAGGGCAGCUAUUCGACCCAAGGCGGGGUAGAUCAGUACGGCCCAGAGCAACACCAAGGUCAAGGCCCACAGCAGCAGCAACAGCAACAACAAUCAACGCAGCAACAGCAAGUUCACCGCAAGCAGCCGCAGCACAGCUACCAGCCCACUAAUCAGGGUUCAACGGGACCAGGCAACUUUCAGUCGUACAUUCCACAAAACGCGCCAAGCUCUUUAUCCCAGACCUCUCAGCCGCAUGGGCAAGGGGCUUCGGUACAAGACAUUCAACAGAACUAUUACCAGUACCAGCAACAGCAACAGCAACAACAACAACAACAACAACAGCAACAGCCUCCGCCAGCGCAUAAUCAAUCGUCGCUAGAGAAUUCACCACAGAGCCUGCAUCAUCCGCAGCAGCAGCAGCAGCCUCACUUUGCAUCUCAGCUUCAGCCCCAAUCUGACCCGCGCCAGCCUCAGACUGCUCUGCCAAUCGCGCAACUGCAGACUGAACUGCACCACCCACAAGCCAUACGGCAGCACCAUCCUCAGGCUGUACAACAGUCAAUCGAGCAACAGCAGUCCCAACAGCGCCGACCCCCCUCGUCCCAUCAGCUUGCCCCGCCGUCGCCUCUUCAGCCCACUCCCUACCAACACAACGAACCGCAGCAGGGAAAGCACCCUCUGUCUUCGGAGCUACAUUCACUGAACAGCGCAUCGAGCCAGCAAGGGCAGGAGGGCAUGACACCAAGUGCUCAGGGCAAUAGCAGAAACACUGUGAGGAAAGUGAACGAGAGUAGCCAGUCACAACCAGGAGCACCGUCGCAAGAGUCAUCUCAGCUCCAGCCCCCGUCCGCUCAAGGCCAGGCUUUCGGCCAGCCGCCUGUGUCUCCGGGCCUUGCAACGUUCGACGCCAACGUCGUACCCACAGCCUCCCAAGGACAACCAUAUCGAGCUGACAAGCAAGGUCAACAAGGUUCAGAAAUGGGGCGGGCGACACCUCCACCACGCGCAUCUGCGUCCGAAAUGACCGACGAGGAGAUUGAAAAGAUGAUAAAGGAUCACGAUGUUUUACGUGAAAAAUAUCAAAAGGUCAAAAGAUACUUUUUCGAACAACAAACCCAAGUCCACCAACUGCAGAACACUCUUGCAAACCAGCGUUUAUCUGUUUCACGCACAUCAUGGGACGAUAGUGAAUAUUCAACUCGCUUUAAUCGCUUGGACGGGUUAAUAGCACAACUGUCCUUUUCCAUUCGCAAGGACUGGAGAUCAAUACCACAGUGGCUGCAUCCAGUAGUCAACAAGACAGCUGUGGAAACUGGCAAGCAGGAGAUGACUGCAGUGGGUCGUGCGUUCAUCUCUCAAUGGCUAGUGGAGAACAUAUUCGAUAAAUACUUUCAUCCGGAUCUUGAGCCAGCUUUUUCCACACAAUUACAGUCGAUUGUGUCGAACAUCCGGAAGUUCUCACCUCCUUGCCAUAGUGCAGAAGAUGAAGAGUCGCUUGCUGCGAAGAUCGUCAACUGGCGGCUUGCCACACUGGAAGGUCUUGCGGAUACCCUGAAAGCACCACAGGCGACUACAUAUCGAGAGAAGCUGACUGAAACGCUCAAUGAGAAAUUGAUCGCAUCUCUUCAGAUUCACCUGAAUGAUCCUGCACCUCCAGACUUGAAUGGAGGUGUUCCGAUGAUCAUUGAGCUUGCUAUCAGUAUAGCCCAACACUUGCCAUUAGAAAGCCGAGAAGUACAAAUUGAGUACUUUCCGCCAGGCCAUGGCAUCGUGAGCGACUUGAUGAAGCUGGAAUCAGGCAUACCCGCUUUAACAGCUCCCAUAGUCGAGCUGGAUGAUGCUGACAGAAUUUCUAUCAGAAGCAUGGCAUCGAAGCCUGAUGAUGGCGUCUCCAUCGCAGAGCAAGAUCAAAAUCAACCGCAAGUUGGCCAGACUUCAAAAGAAGACAAGAAACGCAGCAUGUUUGGGUUCGCCACGUCCAAGAAGACGGGAGUCACCCCUGCUUCCCUCGGCAAGCGAGAAUCUUCUCUCGGUCAAGGAGGUAGCCAGCAGAGUCUGACACAGAACGCACCAGGCAGCUCGACUGGUACAAAAGACGAGUCUGCACCACCUCGCGUACGCUUGGCUGUCGGACUCGCAGUGCAAAUUCGCGGCAAGACAGUUUUGACCAAGGCUCCUGUGUACAGCACAUGA